AUGGCCACCCAGCGUUACCAGCCUGCUCCACUUCCCAUCAAUGUUCCCUCAAAGGCUCCAGCUCCUGCCAGUCUCUUUCCCAUCAGUCGUGUUUCUGGCUCCCCGCCAGAUAUUUCCGACGCGAGCACUACCACCGGCAGUCGCACCUCCGGUUUCAGCUACGGCACUGGAGUGCUCAGCGGCGAUUAUGAGUCGAGCUCCACCUCGUACUCCGGUAUCGAUGUUGUUGACGUCCUGAAUGACCGCAUGCAAGAUGUCUUCGACCCGACGCCAUUGGACCGAGGACUCGCAAAACAGGCGCAAACAUCCGGCCAGCUCAAUGCCAAACAACGAGAGCUUCUCGAACUACAAGCUCUCGCUCAGCGCCGUCUGAAGGGUGUGCGCGCCAAUUUCUCGGAAGGCAUCAAGGUUGCUCGGGAGACCAAGCGUGAUCUUGAGUGGACUCAGAAGCGUGUGAAGUGA